AUGUCCAAUCCACGCACCGGCCUGCGGGUGUCUGCGUUGACCACAGCCGCUGUCCUGCUCGUGCUGCUUGUCGGGACCCCGCUGAUCGCUGCGGGGCACCGUUGUAUCUUCGACGAGCUGCAGCGCCUGCAGCUGGGGACCGACACCAGUGCCGUCCCCGAUGUGAGGGACCGCGGGACGCCGCAGGGGCAGGGUGCGGAGCAGCAUGGCAGCAUCACCGCCACUGACCCAUGGGAGCCGAUCCGCAUCUCGGUGUUCACCAAGGACCUUGACGACAGCUCCCGCUACUGCACUCAGCCUGGAGAAAUGAAGCCUAACUUUACAGGCUCCAUCAUUGAAUGCAAUACUAAGAAUGUUCUCACCGAUAAAAAGAAGCGGAUACUGCGUGAAGUGAUAAUCCCCAACGCGGUUCGGAUGCACAAGGACCGCCUGCUGGUGCAACCGCUGAGAGACAAUAUCCGUGUUGAACACUUCACUGGAGACAUCUGUUCUCAGUUUACGGUUCCCCAGUCCCACCACACCACCGGUGUGCCGGAUACUGACUUCGUGCUAUACGUUGCGGCGGGACCAACUGUACUUGGUCUUGUCGCGUGGGCAUUCAUGUGUCAGUUAGACCCCAGCGGCCGUCCCUUGGUGGGUGUUGCCAAUAUUGGGUCUGUAGACACUAUGAAUAUUCUCUCUUCCAUACGUACAUUGGAACACGAGUUACUGCACGCGUUGGGAUUCUCAAAUCGUAUAUUUAAAAACAGAAACAUGAUUGAUACUGUGUCUGUUCGUAAUAAGCCACCAAGUUAUGUUCUGUCUUCGCCCAAAGUUGUGGAAGCCGCGAGGGCUCAUUAUGGGUGCCCUACCAUGCAGUAUGUGGAGUUGGAGGACAUGGGUGGUGGGGGGUCACACUGGAAGAUGCGCAAUGCAAAGGAUGACUUAAUGUCUACUAUGAAAGGUGGAUUUUUCUACACUUCCAUCACCAUUGCAGCGAUGGAGGACACAGGCUUCUACAAAGGCAACUACCGUAAUGCUGAAAGCAUGUCAUGGGGUAAGAAUGCCAGUUGCGUGUUGUUUGAUAGGAAGUGCGUAAUUGACAGUGUGUCGCAGGUGCCGGAGAUGUUCUGUGACAGUAAAAUUACUUUAAUAAGCAACUAUAAGUGCACAUCAGACCGGAUGGGGAUUGGAAACUGUGCAAUAACGUAUUAUGAUAGCUUGCCAACAUAUUUCCAGUACUUCCCCGAUACGAUGAUGGGUGGAACUGUUGCCUUGAUGGAUUACUGUCCGUUCGUAAUACCAUUGUUAAGAACCAGGUGCCUAAAUGGGGAUGAAGAAAUGCUCCCUGGUUCUGUGUUUUCAGAAUAUGCGCGAUGCUUUUCAGCACUCCCGAGCUCUCCCCUCCAGAUAAGCGAUGGCAAAAAUAUGCUCUCUAUUUGUGCGGAUGUUUUGUGUGAUAAGGGCACCUCGAGCUACCGGGUGCGCGUGAAGGGUACCAAUGAUUUCGUUGACUGCCCACCCGGAAGUACCCUUGUGCUCUCGGAGUACAGUACAGUGUUCAACUCUGGUGAAAUCGUGUGUGCACCAUACGAGGAGGUGUGCCCUAAAUCCCUUUAUCCCGACGAUGAGCACGACAAUAACAGUGACGAAAACAACCGCGCCACAUCUCGUACGAGUAAAGGAGCGUACUAG